CAUCAGCUGAUUGCGAAGGAAUUCUACCUGCGUCGUUGUAUAUGAGCUGAAACAGGCAAACAGCAGUCAUGCGUGCUGAAACCUGAUUCCCACCUCCAGCCCCCCUCCUAACCAUCCCUCCUCACGGUUCCGAAUCACUGGGCCAGAUCGAUCUAUCUCCUCCUCCGCCGCCGCUUCUCGGACCGACUCACGAGUCACGACCGCCACGCCGCCACGGUUCGUCGAACGCCCGCCGCCGCUCCCGCGACUAUAUGUCGCUUGCACUACAAAUCGGCGAUCCAUCUCCUGAAGACCUUCACAACCUCAUUUCGGCCUUUGCGGCUCAGCCCAGCUUGGGCCCACAGUACUGCUGGCUAACUGGGUGGCUCCCGUGCUCCGAUCCGCUAGCUGCUUCUGGCUUCUCCAAGCACAUUGUGGAGGAGCUUCUUCGACUGCCUCCACUCCAGCCAGUAAAGCAUAUCUUCUUGUUUGAGCUCUCGUUUGUUUUAUUUAAUUUGUCAUGCAUGUUUUGCAGUUUUUCUCAACCAACUGCCCCAUGCAGCUGACCGGAAACUGUCUUUCAGAUUGAAUCAAGGACAUAUAUAUAUAUCAGAGCUAACGGUGCAAGACUGCAACACGGAGAUUUCACUCUUGUGUUGAAGUUGAACGAGUGGCAAAAUAAAACCUGUCAGAUCAGAUUCAACCAAGAGGACCAAGGGUAGCCAUGCUGCUUCAUGCAAUUGUACAGCUCCUCUUCAUGCACAUGGCAUGCUGCGCACAUGCUGUCAUGAGCUCCUUCAAUGGAAACUACACAGAUGGGCUGUCACUACUGGAGUUCAAGAAGAGUAUCGCCAGUGAUCCGCAGCAGGCCUUGAUGUCUUGGAAUGAUAGCAACCAUUUCUGCAGUUGGGAAGGUGUCCUGUGCAGUGUCAAGCACCCACAGCGGGUCACUUCUCUUCGUCUCAAAAACCAAGGUUUAGUUGGUCCAGUCUCUCCUUCACUUGGAAACCUGACAUUCCUAAAAAUUCUAAUCCUGUCAGCCAAUUCAUUCAGUGGAGAGAUUCCUCCAUCCCUUGGUCAUCUACAUCGCCUCCAAUAUCUCAACUUGAUUAAUAACACGCUGCAAGGAAGGAUACCUAGUUUUGCAAACUGUUCAAAGCUCAAGGAACUAUGGCUGGAGAACAAUCAACUAGAUGGACAGAUUACCGAACAUUUGCCCAGUGGCCUCGAAAAGCUUAUACUUGCAAGUAAUAAUCUCUCUGGAACCAUCCCUACAUAUCUAGCCAAUAUCACAACGCUAAAACUUUUCACUUGCUUGAGUAAUAAUAUCGAGGGCAACAUCCCAAAUGAGUUUGCAAAUAUGAGAGGACUGAAAGAGCUGUACGUGGGUAAGAAUAAGUUGUCAGGUCGUUUUCCUCAAUUCAUCUCUAAUCUGUCCAAUCUAGUCGGAUUUAGCGUUGCAUUUAAUGAUCUAAGUGGAAAUGUACCAUCCAACUUUGGCAACUCCCUGCCCAAUCUUCGACUCUUCGAAUUAGGCGGCAAUUAUUUUCAUGGGCAUAUCCCAUCUGGGCUAACAAAUGCUUCCAAGCUGAAUCUUAUUGAUAUAUCAAUCAAUGAGUUUAGUGGGAUAUUGCCUAGCUCCAUUGGCAAACUUUCUAAACUAUCUUGGUUAAAUCUUGAGGGAAACAAACUCCAAGCAAGAAACAAGAAAGACUGGGAGUUUAUGGACAGCUUAGCGAAUUGCACUGAGCUAGAAAUGUUCUCCGUUGCAGCUAAUCGUCUGGAAGGCAAUGUGCCAAAAUCGUUAGGUAACCUUUCCAAUCAACUCCAGUAUCUUCACUUAACAGGAAAUCAAUUGUCAGGAGAUUUUCCAUCUGGUAUAACAAACCUUCACAAUCUGAUCAUCGUAGCAUUGGACUUCAAUCAAUUCAGAGGUGAGCUCCCAGAAUGGCUUGGAGCGCUCAAAAGUUUGCAGGUACUAAGAGUAGAUAACAACAAAUUUACAGGACUUAUUCCAUCAUGCCUUUCCAAUUUAUCUAAUCUGGUGAUGCUCACUUUAAACUCCAACCAGUUACAUGGACGCAUACUCCCAAGUCUCGGAAACCUCAAAAUGCUCGGAGUAUUAAACAUUUAUCGCAACAAUCUUCAUGGAAGUAUACCCAAGGAGAUCUUUGGGAUUCCGACAAUAGUACACCUUAGCUUGUCAUUCAACAAGCUAGAUGCUCCAAUUCAUACCGACAUUGGCAACGCAAAACAGCUCACAUAUUUCAAUGUUGGUUCAAAUAAUAUUUCUGGAGAAAUUCCCAGCACUUUGGGUAACUGUGAAAGCUUAGAGGACAUCAAGAUGGGUCAUAACAAUUUUAACGGAAGCAUUCCCACUUCAUUAGGCAACAUAGGCGGCCUACAACUUCUCAAUUUAUCUCACAAUAAUUUGUCUGGAGCAAUACCAGAAUCUCUUGGCAGGCUGCAACUUCUUGAGCAACUAGAUUUGUCGUUCAACCAUCUAAGUGGUGAGGUCCCAACAAAAGGAAUCUUUGGUAAUGUAACUUCCAUACAUAUCGAUGGAAAUCAAGGGCUUUGUGGUGGCACUCUGGAGUUACACUUACCCUCUUGUGCGGUCGCGACUUUGAAUUCCAGGAGCCACAAGCGUUCAACAGUGCGAAAGAUAUUGAUCCCAUUAGCCACCAGUAUUGUGUCAUCAAUUGCUAUAGUCAUAUCUGUAAUGUUGCUAUGGACAGGAAGGCAAAAGACAAAAUCUAUAUUUCAGCCCUCAUUUGGUAGCAAAUUCCCAAGAGUUUCUUACCAUGAUCUUGCUAGAGCAACAGAGGGUUUUUCCACAUCCAAUUUAAUUGGGAAAGGAAGAUAUUCUUAUGUAUAUCAAGGAAAAUUGUUCCAAGACAGAAUUGAGGUUGCAAUCAAAGUUUUCAUCUUAGAGACACGAGGAGCACAAAAGAGUUUCAUUGCAGAAUGUAAUGCUUUAAAAAAUUUGCGACACCGGAAUCUAGUUCGGAUCCUAACUGCAUGCUCAAGUAUUGAUUCUAAUGGAAAUGAUUUCAAAGCCUUAGUGUACGAGUUCAUGCCACGCGGUGACUUGCAUGCUCUGUUGUACUCGAGCCAAGACGACAGAGACCCUUCAAUUUCUAACCUCUUUACACUAGCUCAAAGGUUAUGCAUUGUGGUGAAUGUCGCGGAUGCAUUGGAAUACCUGCACCAUAACAACCAAGGAGCUAUUGUUCAUUGUGAUCUAAAGCCUAGCAACAUUCUUUUGGAUGAAACUAUGACAGCACAUGUUGGAGACUUUGGUCUUGCAAGGUUCAAAAUUGGUUCUGGAGUAUCAUCUUUUGCUGACUCGAUCUCAACUUCUUCAAUUGCUAUUAAGGGAACAAUAGGAUAUGUUGCUCCAGAGUGUGCAGCAGGUGGAGAUGUUUCAAGUGCUGGAGAUGUUUACAGCUUUGGAAUUAUUGUACUUGAAAUAUUUUUGCGGAAGAGGCCAACUGACGAUAUGUUCAAGGACGACCUGAACAUUGCAAGGUUCGUAGAGAUGAACUUCCCUGAUAGGAUAUCACAGAUUGUAGAUCCUGAACUACAAGAGGAGCAGCAGGAUUUAUUGCAACAAACAUCGGGGAACAUGAAGAAGGAAAGUUUGGAGUGUUUACUUUCGGUGCUAAAUAUUGGACUUCAGUGUGCCAAUGCAUCCCCAAAUGAGCGCAUGGACAUGCAGGAAGUGGCUGCAAGGCUUCGCGGAAUCAAGCAGGCUUAUCUGAAGGAAACUGAGGCUGGUGUGUGAAUGCAAAAGUAAUAUAGCAAUUCUAUUUCUGUUCUUCUACAUGCAGCUUAUAUAUUACAUAAGGUUCACUGUGUAAAAUAAAUAAGCUGAGAAGUGACGGUGGAUCUCCCUCCCCUGCUGAUUCCGAACGGUUAUCAGGAAGUACAGGCUAGUGGCCUAGGCCAUUGUGGAUGCCGAACAGUUCGAAGUAGAGCUGUCUUGUGACCCCGAACCUAAGACAUCUGUAAUUUCUGUUGUCUUCACGUAUGUGUAAAGACUUUUUAAAAUUAUGAAUCCUACUUUUGGUUAAAUUAUUUAUACACGGAUUA